AUGACCGAGUGCGUCUCCCGACAAGGCGCCGCUUCUCUGCGGCCGCCAUACAACCCGCUGAUCAAUGUCUCGAACUCCAACCCCGUGCUGGUCGAUGACCAUCUCGAAGAUAAGCACCACAUCUUCCUCAGUCGUCCCUAUUUCGGCGCCCUGCUGUUCGAAAACACCACUUCCGAUGCUCGCGAUCACUGCGCCAACGAGCGCACCUUCCUCUCCUGGCUCCGUCUCUCCAUGUACCUGGGCAUCGUCUCCAUGGCCAUCAUCCUCUCCUUCCACUUCCAGAGCAAGCCGACCGGCCUCGAGCGUCGUAUGGCGCUUCCCCUCGGCAUCAUCUUCUGGGUUCUGAGUCUGUCGUGUCUGGUUAACGGGUUCGCCAACUACGUCCGGACCGUGCGAAAAUACAGCCACAAGGCGGCGUUGGUGCAGAGCGGAUGGAAGACUCAGAUGACUUUUACUGUCGUGGGGACGGUGAUCCUGGGGAGUUGUAUUUUGUUUCUGGCUACGGAUGCGAAUUCAGCCAACAGCAAGUAG